AUGCCUCGGGUGCGCUUGGCCAGAACGGUGAUCAUUCUCAUUCUGACCAUUUUCUCGUUCCUCAACCAACCCCGCAGGUCCAUCGCCGCCCGGGAGAACUUCCUGGUCGCCCUGGGCAUCGGCGGCGAGGGCUAUCACAACUACCACCACGUGUUCCCCUGGGACUACAAGUCGGGCGAGUUCAGCUACUACGCCUCCAACUACGGCGCAGUCUUCAUCGAGCUCAUGGCCAAGAUAGGCCAGGCCACGCACCUCAAGUCGGUGAACCGCGACCUAGUCAUGGCGCGCUGCCUGCGCACGGGUGACGGCACCCACCCCGUCUGGGGCUGGGGAGACAAGGACAUGAGCGAGGAGGACAAGAGGGUCACCAUCGUCAGCUAGGCCCAUCCAGCUCCGUAUUAUUUAUUAUCAUUAUUACUAUUCGCAAAUCGCCGUCUUUGAUCUUUAAGAAACACUGUGAUACUAAAUGUAGAAAUCAGGUCGCAGUUCCGCUAGUAUAGCGCCAAAUAAUGCACAUGCCCAAGGAAAACGUUUUUCUCACAAAGACCUCAUUGUGACCUCUGAGGUCACGAUUCCUUGAGCUUGUGAGGUCACCAGUGAGGUCACAAGUGCAAGAAUCGUGACCUCGUAAGUCAUAAAGAGGUCACAAUGAGGUCUUCGUGAGAAACACGUUUUUCUUUAGGUGAAUUUGAGACUUUGAGAAUUUUUUCCGACAUCAUUUCGACAUUGUUUUUCACGUCGUUACGACAUAAAAGUGUGCCUGAAAUCGGAGGCUUUUCGACAGAGAAACGUGGGAACGAUACCGACUGUCGAAAAGCCGUUGAUUUCAGGCACACUUUCAUGUCGUAACGACGUGAAAAAAGAUGUCGAAAUGACGUUGCCGGAAAAAAAAUUAUCACUGGGAAUGCUCAAAUGUGUCACAAAACAUCACAUUUAGAUGCGCAUUCCAGAUCGGCGCUGCUCGCAGGGAUGCGGCUUAUUGUGUAUGAUCUUAGUAUCGUUCACUUUUACUUACGACAAUGUGUUUUUUUUCUUUUUGGUCUAGAGUAAAUAUCUAAACCAGCCAAACGCAAAAAAAAGUUCUCGAACGUUAUUUGCUGAUGACGGGACAGAAAACCGAACAAUUUUCUGGAACAACUAAUUGAGCUACUCCAACGAAACCGAACGAAACAUUUUAUGUGUCGGUCCGGUUUUACUAGGCCUACUUAUACGAGAGUACUGCUCUCCCCAUUCAGUUAAGGUACUAUCGUCGUUUCAAGUGUGGCCAGCCAUAAUGGAUAUAUUUAACUAAUACAGCACAUAAAGCAAUGCCUUUUUUGCCGUGAGGAGACCUACGUGUUUGUAGUUCGGCCCUACUUUACCCUCAGCACUCCAUACGUAUGGUGUACGAUGUAUUUAUGUAUUUAUUAGCAAUGUUGAAUAAAUUAUUAAUUUUUUAAA